AUGGAUCCGAACUGUUCGAUUUCUGAUAGAAUCAGUAUAUCUGAAAAUGGUCUUACCUUCUUGUGGAACUGGAGAAGGCCGAUUCGCGACGGCCGGGAACAACGGGACUUGAUCUCGAUCAUAUCCCUAUGCGAGAAUUUCAGAUUUGGCUCUUGCGACAAAUGGAGAUGCGAUCUGGAUAAAUCAGGAGUGUUUUCGGUGGCCCCGUUGCGAAAAGCGAUUGAUAGCAUGGCUCUUAGAAGAUGUGGUCCUCCUACGAUGUGGUUAAAAACGGUGCCGACGAAAAUCAGAAUGUUCAUCUGGCGGGGGAGACUCGAUAGGUUGUCUACGAAAGUUAAUCUGAUUAAAAGAGGGGUUCAUUUAGAAGAUGAUCUUUGUCCUCCAUGUAAGGAGUACCUGGAAACGAUCAACCACAUUUUGCUUGAAUGUAGGAAAGCUGUGGAUGUGAGACGUAAUAUAAAAUAUUGGGCUGAUUGGAUUCCCGAUUCAGUUAGUUCUAUCAAUGAUCUUCUUUUUUUCGGUCAGUCCCCUGAACUCGGACAGCUCUAA